UCGUUGGCAAGGCGCAAGAAAUGACAUGAAGUGCUGUGACGAUGGGACGAGAACAAACUAAACGCCUUUUUGCAACAGAAGCCUCGCAGAAAAUAUCCUACAAGGAAAUUACUUGAAGUGUUUCAAAUGCUAUAGGUAAAUGUAGAGCCACGCUUUUCGGAAGAAACUUGCGCGGUUUGACCGGUAGGUGGCGCACCGACCGGAUUAAAUGCUCAUGCUGGGAAAUAGAAUAGCUAGUUAGCGAGCUGCUAAUUUUAAGCAAUGUUUAAUCGGGUAGCGUCAUACUUGACUCUGCCUACACCGGCUAAUUAACUGAAUUUAGUAGCCAGUCUCUCUUUUGAUAACUGACAGUGUCAGGAGCAGAUUAUGUCAGUAGUCCGUUAUCUAGCAAAGAAAAACGAAUAUGCUGCCAGGAUCAGCGAACUAGCAGCAAAACACUAUUAAUCAGAAACAUGCAGGUCUGUAGGUUCAUUGCGUGCUGAAGAUGAUUUUUUUCCAGGUAAUUUCACAUUUUAAAACGAGUUUGUGUUGUAUCGCAGGGUAGCUACAUCUGUAGUUUCCGUAUCUUGCAUAUUCUGAACUGGAUAGGCUUUCCGCACAUUUAUUCCAAUAUUAAAAGUGAAUAUUUGUCAGUCGGUUCUAUAAAUGUAAAAGGGUAGCAGGUUAGCACCUUCGGUUGCAUGCUGAUACUGACAGAGAAGUAAGGUUCUCUGCCGCCAAUGAACAGCAGCCUGAAUUAUUAGUAUAAUUCAGUGUUUCCUGUGGCAUGUAUGGUUCCCGUUGCCAGAAUUGUUACUGUGCAUCACUGUGCCUUUAAUGUUGGUUGGGAUUGUGGAUCGGGUUUUCCUUUUUUAAAUCCCUGGCUCAUCACAUGGGGAGGGUCACGGACACUAUGCCAGCAAGCAGCUUGAGACCGUGAAGAAGCUACGCCUAAGAAUCCCCAGGGGGGAAUAUAUCGCUGAGGCCGGGAAGUCCGAUAAAGAUGGGGAAGUUUUCCUGAAACUACGUCCCCUUCACUUUUUGCCGACGGAGGAAUUUCGCUUUUUGCGCCUGGCGCGUGUCUGCCUGGUGCCACCUGUGUCUGCCAGUCUGAUUUGGGAAAUACAUGCAGCACAGCUGCUCAACUGCAGUAAUAUUUUACUUUUCAGUUGGACCAGAUGGGAACCUCAUAUUACCUGUGUGACCGUUUCAACACCUAACUGUUUUUUUUUUCUCCACGUGGCUUCACUCGGGAAUUAAAAAAAAAUAUGAAAGACAACAGAGCGGAGUCAUAUAAGACUUUGUGUCGAGGGGAUCCUCCGUAUGUCCGUGUACUUCAAACAAAAUAAACAUGCAAAGCCAAACGUUGUAUUCCGGCAAUCUUUGUUUUUGUAAAUGUCGCAUUUUGUGUCUCAUUGCCAACAACCGAGGACCUGGAACCUGUCAUUCAUCCUGUCUGACUGAAGUCUUGAGAAUAUAGCUAGCUAUAUAUGUACAUGUCGAGAAGAUAUAUGAAGUUCCGGUUGCCUCUCUUUGUGCCUGCACGUUUUUAAUACGACAAACUCGCCAAUAAAAAUAACGUUUUAAGAACGGUUUACAUAAUUGCCUGAGAAUUUUAUAAAUCUCUAAGUUUCCUAGUUUGCAGCAGAGGACGAGAGGGAACUUUUUAUGUUGUUUAGCACUAGAAUAAACUGAGGAUUGCCAAGAAGCAAGGAUGCCUGUAAGAAAAAAAGAUACAGCUCUGGCCUUAGGGCUGUUGGAAGACUACUGCUCCAAACUGAAGACACCAGAGGAACAACAGCUAAAAACUGCCAUUCUAAGAGUUAUGGGGAUCUUCAGAAGCAGCCUUUUUCAAGCACUGCUAGAUAUCCAGGAGUUCUAUGAGGUAACCCUGCUUAACUCGCACAAAACCUGUGAACAGAAGCUGGAGGAGGUCAACCACAUGGCGGACAAGUGGGGACGGGCUGCGUCCCCUACCAUGGUCCAACAGGAAGCCCACGCUGAGGAGGAGCCCAAGGAGCCCAGCAGCAGUGAGCAGAAUGGUAAAGUGCCAGGGGAGAGCACCGUCCCUGAGAACAGGCCGGCUGCGGUUCAGGCGUCUCCGCACACCGCCCAGCCCCCGCCAGCAUGUAUGAAUCCGGCCCUGAUGAGCGCUCCCUGGUACCGGUAUCAGGAUGAAGACUCACCCCCCCAAGACCAUGGCUUCCCCCGGCUGACCAAUGAGGCGCGAGCCCCAGAGCUCGUGCAUGUGUCGGAGAAGAACUUGUCGGAGAUCGAGAACGUGCACGGCUACGUGUCCCACUCGCACAUCUCUCCCCUCAAGCCCUCGCUGGUCACCCGUUUUGAUCUUACAUACCCGGGUCUGACUGCGGCAAACUACCUGGCGAGUCCUGCCCCAAUUAUAGUCAACACUGACACGCUGGAGACGGUACCUUAUGUCAACGGAACUGAAAUUGAAUAUGAAUUUGAAGAAAUCACACUAGAACGGGGUAACUCAGGUCUGGGGUUCAGUAUCGCCGGAGGGACAGACAACCCCCACAUUGGGGAUGAUCCAGGGAUCUUCAUCACCAAGAUCAUCCCAGGUGGUGCAGCUGCUGAGGAUGGUCGACUCAGAGUGAACGACUGCAUCCUGAGAGUGAACGACGCCGACGUGUCCGAGGUAUCGCACAGCAAGGCUGUGGAGGCCCUUAAGGUGGCCGGCUCCAUUGUGCGACUCUACGUGCGCCGGCGGAGACCCAUGCUGGAGACCGUCAUCGAGAUCAAACUCAUCAAAGGACCAAAAGGGCUGGGGUUCAGCAUUGCUGGAGGGGUGGGGAACCAGCACAUCCCCGGAGACAACAGCAUCUAUGUCACCAAGAUCAUUGACGGAGGGGCAGCACAAAAAGAUGGCCGGUUGCAGGUCGGGGACCGGCUACUCAUGGUCAACAACUACACCUUGGAAGAGGUGACUCAUGAAGAAGCCGUGGCCAUAUUGAAGAACACGUCUGAUGUGGUUUACCUGAAGGUGGGCAAGCCCACCAGCGUCUACCUGGCUGACCCCUAUGGACCUCCAGACAUCACCCACCCUUUUUCUCCAGCCAUGGAAAAUCAUAUUUCUUCCCCCGGCAACAAUGGCACGCUGGAAUACAAGUCCAGUCUUCCCCCAAUCUCACCAGGAAGGUAUUCCCCAAUUCCCAAGCAUAUACUUGGGGAAGAGGAUAUUAACAGGUUGGAUGGUUUUUCCUUCUUACGAAAUGCCUCAUUAGAUGAAGGGGAAAGUCACAGGUUUGAUUCUCAGCACUUCCAGUUGAGGCCUCCAGAGCCCGUUUACAGCACUGUGAACAAACUGUGUGACCGAGCAGCUUCCCCUCGCCACUACUCCCCCCUGGAGUGCGACAAAAGCAUCCUGCACUCCAUACCCUUCCCUCACUUUCACGUAGGCCUGCUCCCCGACUCUGAGAUCACCAGGGAGCCUCGCAAGAUCGUCCUGCACAAGGGCUCCACGGGCUUGGGCUUCAACAUCGUGGGCGGCGAGGACGGCGAAGGCAUAUUCGUCUCCUUCAUCCUGGCGGGUGGGCCGGCUGACCUGAGCGGGGAGCUGCGUCGGGGAGACCAGAUCCUGUCGGUGAAUGGCAUCGAUUUACGAGGUGCCACCCAUGAGCAAGCGGCCGCUGCGCUCAAAGGAGCGGGCCAGACGGUCACCAUCAUCGCCCAGUACCGGCCUGAAGAGUACGGACGCUUUGAAGCCAAGAUCCAUGACCUACGGGAGCAGAUGAUGAACCACAGCAUGAGCUCCGGGUCGGGUUCUCUGAGAACCAACCAGAAACGCUCGCUCUACGUCAGGGCUCUCUUUGACUAUGAGAAGGCUAAGGACAGCGGGCUGCCCAGUCAAGGCCUCAGCUUUCGCUAUGGAGAUAUCCUCCACGUCAUCAACGCCUCCGAUGACGAGUGGUGGCAGGCCAGGAGGGUCACACCAGAUGGGGACAGCGAGGAGAUGGGCGUUAUUCCCAGCAAGAGAAGGGUGGAGAGAAAGGAACGAGCACGCCUUAAGACGGUGAAGUUCAACUCCAAACUGGGAACACUGGAUUCCAAACCGUCAUUCAAUGACAAGCGUAAAAAGAACUUCAUCUUUUCACGAAAAUUCCCAUUCUACAAGAACAAGGAGAUGGGUGAGCAGGAUGCCAGUGACUCUGAAAGGAGUCAAGAGGAUUUGAUUCUGUCCUACGAGCCGGUCAUUCGACAAGAGAUUAAUUAUGCCAGACCCGUUAUAAUCCUGGGACCAAUGAAGGACAGAAUUAAUGACGAUCUGAUAUCAGAGUUUCCGGAUAAGUUUGGAUCCUGCGUACCCCACACCACGAGGGCGAAGCGAGAGUAUGAGGUGGAUGGGCGGGACUACCACUUUGUGACCUCCAGGGAGCAGAUGGAGAAGGACAUUCAAGAGCACAAGUUCAUCGAAGCGGGCCAGUACAAUGACAAUCUGUAUGGCACCAGCGUCCAGUCGGUGAAAUACGUGGCGGAACGAGGGAAACACUGUAUACUGGACGUGUCCGGCAAUGCCAUUAAACGAUUACAAGUAGCACAACUCUACCCUAUUGCCAUCUUUAUUAAGCCCAAAUCCAUCGAAUCUCUGAUGGAGAUGAAUAAGAGGCUGACAGAGGAGCAGGCGAAGAAGACGUACGACCGAGCCAUGAAGCUGGAGCAGGAGUUCGGCGAGUACUUCACAGCCCUGGUUCAAGGAGACACCUUAGAGGACAUUUAUAACCACUGCAAGCUUGUGAUAGAGGAACAAUCUGGACCCUACAUCUGGAUCCCCUCUAAAGAGAAAUUAUAAAGCAGUACAUGAGCCCAGUUUGGGAUCCCGGACUAUAAACAUAGGAAAUUUGUAACAUAUUAUAAAUUAUUAUGGCAAUGGUUAAUAUUAAUAGUUAAAAUGAUUACGUUUUUGUUAUUGUUGCAUUUGUUCAUUUUUUUAAAUUAAAUUUUUCUUUUCAUUUUCGAUAUGAAUGCUCCUGAAUGUACACCACUGAGUGUUAGAAACUUCCUUCAACCUCCAAAAAAUGAGCUGUUUCUUUACAUAUUUAUUGAUUAUGAUUUCAUUUAAAUUUGAAAAGGCAAAGGAAAUGAGACCUACAUGGGAGCUUACCCAUGUCACCAUGCUUGGAAUUCCCCGUGGCAUGACGGGGCCGGGAUGGCGUCUCGGAUCUCCCACAGUGCCCAGCGCCCAGUAAACAGUGUCAGCUUCUUCUGCAUACCGGCCAACUAGCACUCAGUGUCCUCAGUCCCACAUCUCACAUCAGUGGUUGAAAUAUGUUGUGACUUCGGCAUCUAUGCACACUUACCGCUCUUGGACAUUGUUCAUUUGAUCCCUUUUGUGUUUUUUUUUUUUUUUUUUUUUUUUUUUUGAUUAUUUUAUCAAUCAGUUUCGAUUGAUACCUUUCUAGGAUCAUUUAUAGUUUCAACUCGUUCAUGUUUUUAGUGUAUUCUAUAUUAAGAUAUAUAUAAACAGAUGCUUUAAUUAGAGAGAACAAUAAGGGGAUACAGCUCGGUUUGGGAAAUUUGAGACACUAUAUUUUGCUAUUUAUAUUGAUAGAGGGUACAACAGCACAGACGAUAUUUAUAAUGAAGAUGUUUAACUUUGUAAAAAACUAAAUGGAAAAAAAAAUGAAAAACCUGUUUUACUUCUGUAACAUAGAGUGAUAUGGUAGCCGUAGUUUUUUGAUGGGAACGUUGUGAAAACUCUGUGAAGAUCCGUAAUUGGCCGCCUUGGGGGACAUGGCUCUUGGCGCACAGUGGUGACCAACACGUCUGCCCAGAUUUAGUCACAGUGGAGUGUUUUCAUUGCACUGCUGAAAACUUGCAUGAACAAAGGGGUGCAACUCCCCCCCCCCCCCCAAAUGAGCACAAAACUCAGUCCCUUGCAAGUUUGUCCAGAUGAGGAAUAUAAGCAUAUAAUGCUUGAAUUCUCCAUCAGUGUUUACAAAAAGCUGUAACAGCACUUGAUAUGUUAUAUUAAAAUUGUACAGAAAGUUUGACUCAUUGUUACAAAAUUCUAAUGAAUUAUAAAGAAUUAUAAUGUAUAUAAAGUUUCUGAAUGUGAGGCAUUUGUGUGUUUUUUGUGCACAAAUAUGCAUUAUAGGCUAAAAUGACUGAUUAACUGGCGUUAAUGAUGAAUGCAGGUUCUAGCUAUAUGAUAGCUAUAGCCUGUUCGUUCAAAUAAAGUAAUCAGGCAGAGCUGAUGCAGAUGCUCAAGUGCCAGUGUACACAGACUGUGUAUUUUACUCUUUUCUUGGCUUUUACUCUGCAUUCAUGGAGUCUUUCCACGUGUUGGUCACCACUCUAACUUCGGAGAGGAAUGAGGGCUUUCCAACGCAGUGGAGAACAUUUUUGCAAUUUUCUAUUCCUGAACACUUGGCCUCUUUGUAAGCUGUUUACACCUGUUGUUUAUGAAACCAACUGCAACUUGAAGCUUAGAGGUAUGGCCUUCUGGGUAACCCUGAGGAAAGUCAAAGCCAUCUUUCAAAUGCAAAAGACAAGCAAUAGAAUGACUGCUUCGUCAUCAUCGUCAUCUUCAUUAUUGUUAUUAUUAUUAUUAUUGUUGUUAUUAUUACUGAGGAGUUAAGGACCAUGCCAUUUUAUAUUUAAGGGACAAUUGCUCACUAUUCUUUCCAUCAAUCCAUUUCCUAGGUCAGGGUUGCUGUGAAGUCUGAAGUCUAUCCCAAGUAACAUAGGGCACAAGGCUGGGAUAACCCUGGAUACAACGCCAGUUCUCUCAAAAUCCACUUAUCGUGUAGCAUAUCAUUCCUAAAACAAGCGAUUAAAAUUUAGUUUUGUGACUUCCAUUCCCCCACAAAUGUUUCAAAGUGUUUACACUGACUCUGCGUGCAUGGCAAACAGGAAUGAUGAUUAAAUGUACCAGACAACCUUUGCUAAUGUGGUAAAAGCCAUUUGAAAAUGUGACAUGGUCUUUUUGUGUUUCACUUGGGAUGUCCAGUACAGAUGGUGAUAAUUCCUCGUGUGGUGGGUAUGUGUUUUCUCGGGGUUGCCAGAUUGUGCUUGAUAAAGAAUGAAGUGGAUCCGACUGAUUCGUCACAUGGAAAUGAUGCCCUUAAGGUGUGAGAUCCAGUGCAAAUUAUUCAAUUAAAAGGAUGAAAAUCCAUUGAAAAACUACUGGUCAAGGAACCACUUCGUACAAUGCCAUCUCAAAACAUUGUACGCAAUGCUAUCUCAGCCUGCUGGUAAAGGAAAUAGUCUGAACGAUGCCAUUUGAACUUACUGGUUAAGCAAAAGCAUUCCUCCUCUUUACGUUUGUGUUUCAGCAUGCGAGCUCUUGGUCUAUCCUUUUAUUAUUGUCAUGUGCUGUGUAUUGCGGUUAAAUAAGGGGAAAACAAAAUUGCAAGAACAGAGGUUCGUAGUGUGACUAAUAGGCACAGUACAAUCACGCCAAAACUUAUGAAUUGGUUCUUAGCAGUGUAUUAUGUUGAUGUGAUUUACCUUUUGUAGCUAACAUUACAUUGAAUGGGUUUUUGUUGCCUCUUUAGUUCUGGUUUAUGAAAUUGUUGUUGAUGGUGUAAGAUGUUGUACAUACAUCCCACAGCACAUCGUUAUCUUCAUUUUAAUCCUAAGCCAUACCCCCCUUCUCUGAGUUUUUCUUUCAACUGAUAAAUUGCAGCCAAUGAAUUUGGUUCUCGUGUGUUUUCUUCCAGCUGUGGAUGUUGUAUGUCUAGGCCAGAAACAGGUUAUCGUCCCCGGCAGACAUCACCGUUGUCUUUUCAUUCAGGUAGGACAUCUUAGGUGCAUUACUUUAACCACACCCCUCAGUUCCUUUCUAGUCACAGGUUUCAUGCUAAGCACAGGAAUGACAAAAGGUUUAGUCUUUCUUUUUAUUGUAGAUAUAUCCCCUAUUGCCAUUAUUCUAAGGAUUAAAACCACACAACACAACUGACUGAUUAACACUGAAGUUUGGUCUUUAACUGUAUUAUUCUUUUGUUUGUUUUGGUUUUUGUUUUGCGUCUUUAUUUUGUAAAAGAAAAUAAGAAGAGAAAUAAUAUGGAACAUGUCCUUUGCAUCAUGUUACAGUAUAUACUCCUGAUUGCUUUGAAGAAUCACUUUAAAUACAUUGCUUUAGGUAAACAUGAAGGAACUAUACUCAGCAUCCAUGGAAAAUGUACAUUAAAGGUUUGGUGAGACUUUUAAAA